AUGGCAAGUAUGAAAUCAACACAAUUUAUAUUUGCUAUCAAGUUUCAUCUAUUAUUGGUUCUCUCCUAUGUACCCCAACUCUUAACAGACUUGGCACCCGCUUCACACUUGCAUUCUGCUGCGUUUGCAAGUUUGCUUCAACAAUCCUCAUUCUUCUCUUACAAGAUUCAAUCUAUGCCUACAUCAGCAGACUUAUCUGGGGAUUCUCAUAUAUGCUCACAAAGAUCUCCCUCGACAACUGGCUUGUUGAUCUUACACAGUCUUAUGAACUACAGAAUGGUUUUCCAGUUCAGCAUUGAUCUCAUCACAACCUCAUCCAUUAGUAAGGCCGUUCUCAAGUAUGGUGUUUACAAGACCUACACAGUCCUUAACAUCUAUUAUGUUGUUGUUAUUCUUCCAAUUAUAUAUAUCAUGUCAUUGUUAACAUCAGGCAAGAAGGCAGAGAAGAAGACAGAAGAAGCUAAGCAAGAGAAGAUAGAAGUACCAAUCCAAACAGUCACAUUGGUUCUUUACGACACAGUCUAUGUUUUCUCAAUGGGAUUCUUCAAGUCUAUGCUUGCCACGAACUUCAUCAAACAAGACCUUCCUUUCUCUGUUAUCAUGUCAACAUUCAAUGCAAUGGGAACACUCGGAACAAUUGUUUCAACAUUCCUUGAAAUGUGGUUCUCAGACUAUACCCUCCACAAAGCUAUUCUCAUCUCUUACGCAGUUGUCUUCUUCUUAGGUUGGGUUCUCUAUGACAAUGAUGCAUUCCAAUUCCUAACAACAGUCUUAUUAGGACUUCUCGAUGGCCUUAUCACACCUGUUAUGGUUACUCUUAGAAAGGAGAAUAUCCCGGCAAACAUCCGUGUCACUGCUCUCUCCUCUGUUCGCACAUUCACAUCACUCACUGGAUUCUUUGUUGCUUCUAUCAUGAGAUAUACAAACAGGCAGAUCUAUUUCUUACUCAUUAAUCUUCUCUACGGAGUUUGCAUAACACUCCCAUACUACGAAAGAUUCGUUUAUAGAAGAUUCUUGAACGUCUUCCAUAUUUGCCAAAAGAUUAUGCGUCUUGUCUUCAAUACAAAGACAGAGUCAUCUAAUAAGUCAAAGAAGGACUAA